AUGGCGCCCACUGGACCCAUCACCACUCCCAUCACCACCCUUUUGGGCAUCCAGCAUCCCAUCCUCCUCGCUGGUAUGGCGCGUACUUCUGGAGGUCGCCUUGCUGCAGCAGUGUCCAAUGCAGGCGGCCUUGGUGUCAUUGGCGGGUUCCAGUACACGCCCGACCAGCUUCGCGAGAUUAUUGCCGAGAUGAAGGCAAACUUCAAGAGUCCGGACAUGCCAUUUGGUGUUGAUUUGGCGCUGCCACAAAUCGGAGGCAACGCGCGUAAGACGAAUCACGACUACACAGGCGGCAAGCUCGACGAGCUGAUUGACAUCACUAUCGACAGUGGCGCCAAGCUGUUCGUCAGUGCCGUCGGCGUACCACCCAAGUACAUCAUAGAGAAGCUUCACAAGAACGGCAUUUUGGUCAUGAACAUGGGUGGCGAGGGAGGCGGUCACACAGGCGACAUUGCCAAUUCAGUGCUGAUCCCAGCCGUCGUCGACGUAGCGAGGAAAUACAAGCCUCCCAUGCUCAAGGGCUCGACGGCUCUCGUCGUUGCAGCGGGAGGAAUUCGCAAUGGACGCAGUCUGGCCAGCUCGCUGAUGCAGGGAGCGGUGGCCGUGUGGGUGGGCACACGCUUCGUGGCUUCAGAGGAAGCCGGAUGCAGCCAGGCCGCCAAAGAGGCCGUCGUGACCUGCGGCUUUGAGGGCACGGAGAGGACUCUAAGCUGGCAUGACCGACCUGGCGAUAUUAAGGCGCUGUGCGACAAGGGAAUUGUGCCGCUGGAGCAUGAUUUGGAUGAGGGCAGAGACGUGGAUAUGCCGCACUUGAUGGGACAGGUUGCGGGUGCGAUUGAGAAGAUUCAGCCUGCUGGGGAGAUUGUUGCUGAGAUGGUGGAGGAGGCGGUUGAGAUGCUCAAGCUAGGAGGGACGUAUUUGACGGCUAAGAGUCGAUUAUAA